AAGGUCAUGAUCUGGGUCGGUCGCUUCGUCGCACCAAGGUCAUGAUCUUCCACCGAUCUCACCAGCCUCUCUGAUCGAAUCACGACAACAUAGAUAAAAAGGAUUUAAGAUAAUUCCUGUUUCUGGAUCAAGAAAAACAUGGCUAAGCGGUCGUUUCCACGUUAUGUGGAACAAGAGCUGGGAAAGUUCCCACAUUUCUUGGUCUACGCAAUUCUCGAAUGGGUGUUAAUAAUUCUGCUUUUCAUUGAUGGGUUUCUUGCGUUUGUCGCCAAUGAAUACGCCAGGUUCUUCGAAUUGCGAGUCCCUUGCUUGCUUUGCACCAGAAUCGACCAUGUACUCGUCCACAGGAACCCCGAUUUCUACUACAAUGAUUCGGUGUGCGAAGCUCACAAGAAGGAAGUUUCGUCUCUGGCAUAUUGCCACAACCACAAGAAAAUGUCGGACAUAAGAAACAUGUGUGAAGCGUGCCUCCUUUCGUUUGCGACAGAGAAAGAAUCUGAUUGUAACACGUAUAAGGCUCUGGUUGGGAUUCUGCAUAAGGAUCUUGAGUGCUUUGUUGAGGAUGAUAGCCACAUUCAUCUGAGUUUGCCCGCAGGAAGGAAGGAUGAUUUUGUGCAGGUUGAGAAGAGUAGCAAAUAUUGUUGCUCCUGCUGUGGAGAGCCAUUGAAGGUGAAAUCAUCAUACUCAAAGGGAAAAGGCGCUAGUGCGUAUUCACUGGCUCCUGCUUCUUCACCACGAACACCCUUUUUGGCAUUGAGAAAUGAGGAAUCUCGCAAUUCGGAUUUGGCCCACAUCCGAUACACGGAACUCAAAUUUAUUUCGGAGAACAAUUCGCCUCCGGAGGAUGAGGAUGGCUUGAAUGCACUUAAUCCUGAUACUCCAUUUAGGGAAGAUGUUAAAGCUGCUACAGUGCCAUUAUUGACCGGAGCUGAGGAGUUGAAUGAAGAUGCCUCUAAGACCAACAGUCCUAACUUUGGUAGAGGGAACAGGUUCUUUGGAAUCCCACUAACAGAUUCAGCUUCCAACAGUCCUAGGUGGGGGGGUGGUAGGAUUACAAGGAAAUCCCCACUUGAAAAAACAGUGUCUGCAUCAGAGUCUAUUGAAGAGAAUUUGACAAAUGAAGCUGAUAGUGAUUCCAUUUUGCAUCAUUUGAAGAGACAGGUUCGGUUGGAUCGCAAAUCGCUGAUGGCUUUAUACAUGGAACUCGAUGAAGAAAGAAGUGCUUCGGCUAUUGCAGCUAACAAUGCAAUGGCAAUGAUCACCCGGUUACAAGCAGAAAAGGCAGCUGUUCAGAUGGAGGCCUUGCAGUAUCAGAGAAUGAUGGAGGAGCAGGCAGAGUAUGAUGAAGAAGCCCUACAAGCAACAAAUGACUUGCUUGCCAAGAGAGAGGAAGAUUUCAAAGUUAUAGAGGCUGAACUUGAGGCAUAUAGAGGAAAAUAUGGAUGCUCAAGGGAAGAUGAUGAUUUCAAGCAAUGCGAAAUGGAGGCUGGGGAGGAUUACUGCGACUAUAAAGCACAAUCUUCCUCACCUCUGAGUGCAAAAUCUGAAAGUGGUGGUUCUCGUGCUAGUGUUAAUGAAGUGGAGAUUAAUGGAGAAACUGCACUCAAUAAUUACCAAGCCGUGUCAUCAAAGGAGGCAAAUGGAGGGGGUACUCUAAGUGAAUCAUUGAAAGGUUUUAAAGUGGAGGAAAGCCCUAUUCUGGGACGGUUUAAAAAACUGGACAAGAGAAAUCAAUUGGUAUUGGAUAAUGGAGUUUAUUCCUCGUUGUCUAGCUUCGACAGUGUUGAGCAUAUAAAUGAUGAGUUAGAAAAGUCAAGGAAGCCUGUACUAACAAGAGAAUUGUCUCAUCUUAGUAAGAGGGUGAAGGCCCUUGAGGCAGACAAUGGAUUCUUAGACCAUGCUGCUCAGACACUGACACUCGAGAAACAUAGUGAAGGAACAACACUUUUGUUAGAGAUAUCGCGAAAUCUGCGGAAGCUUCGGCACCUUGUGACAUCGCCCAUUGACGAGAAUGAUGCAGGAUUAUCAUCCUAAUCUUUUUUAUGGUGAAAAUAGCACGUCUCCAGCAACUUGUCACCUUGAAAGCAACCUAUCGACUUUGAUGUAGUGGGGAAAGAGAGUCAACAUAAACAGUAACUGGGAUGGCAGAAAAUGGAAAUAGUGAUUUAAAUUGUCAUAUCAGGCACCCACUUGGCAAUUGAUUGAAAACUAAAACAGGUUAGCUGUUGGGGUGCAUGCUGGGGGACUAUUGGUGAUGCAAGGAAGGCAGAAAAGGAGAGACCAAGAUAUUCAUGGCUGACGAGCAUAUACCCCAAAAUGUGGAGAAUCAGAGAGCUUUUUAUGAACUCUUCAUAAACUAUUUAGUUUGUAUCAUUAUUGUUUCUUCCAUCAGAGUUGUUACAUGUAUGGAUCCAAACC